AUUAGGAUUUAGAUCAAUAUAUUUAGAAAAAGCCGCCCUAACUUCGUCUCACUUUCCCCAUUUCCUCCGUCAAUCGCUCUCUCCACCGCCGUGAUUCUACCCACACUCAACCCGGCCACCCACCGACUCCAGCUUGGUAAUACGGCAAUGGAGCUGAUUGAAAUGGCAGCCGUGUGAGACUGGUUGCGAGCUUGGUGGAAUCUUUAUCCUAUUUUAGCGGAUUCUUUUACUUUUCAAUUAUUUUAUUUAUUUCGCGCGCUUGCUUCUGUUGGGGGUUAUUGAUUGCGUUACUGUAUGUAUCUCCGUGUAAACUAAAUUACUAGCUGGUUGAGCUCUGAAUAGAAGGAUGUGGUUGAGAAUGUAUGAGUAAUGUAGCAAUUAUGAGGUUUUGGAAUUAUCUGUGGCUGGUGGUUUGGUUAAUCGGUUUUCAUAAAUAUGGACGAAUUUCUAUACGAUAGUCAAUACAUGAUAGUUUCGUAGUUCUUCUGUUCUACUCUCUACUCGGACAGUUAAUGCCAUCUCCUUGUUAUUCAUACGAUUCUUUUUAGCAAAAUGUGUCCAUGAGUUUGUGAUAAGAGCAUACAGUGUACAGACCUGAACACAAAAAAUAAAAUACAGCAGUGGAGUGCGGUCUAUUUUCUCCCGUGUUUUGAGAUUAUCUUUUAAUAGGCUGUUCUGUUGGGAAGCUUUGUGUUAUGUUGUCUUUAUAGCUUAGCUAGUCAGUUUUUAGUUAUGCAAAAUGCAAUCAACUAGGUGAUUCUAGAAUGGAACACUUUUAGUUUGUGUUUUAUGGCUAAAGGUCCAACUACUCACAGAGUCAGAGUUACCGUUUGUGUGAUGUAGCCUAAAUGAAUUGGGGUUACUUGGAUUAGGACAAAGAUUUGGAAGAAAAGUCAGAAUAGCAUAUAUACAAGAAUUUGUGUGCAUGCCAGAGAAGCUUUUGGUCUGCAUUUCUAUAGCUUUACCAAUGAAGCCAAGAGCCACUGAGGCACCCCGGAGGUCGAGAAAUGUUCCAGGGGAGGGACCAAAUUGGAUUUUUAUUGCAGGGAGUGCACUGAUUAGUACUUUGUCAAUGCGCCUUGGGUAUAAGCUCAAACAGGUCCUUGAUGCUAAACAACUGGACAGCAGUAGUCCAAGCUUAAAAGUUAAUGGAAAAUCUACCAAUGGAAAGAAAUCAGGAAGCUGCCCAAUGCAUUCAAAUGCCUUUUGCUAUCCUCAAGAUGAAGAUGUUUGCUACAGCCAUUAUUCAGGAUCCGGGAAUGUGAUGGAAAUCAAACCACACGCCAAUGGUCAGAUGAUGUCAGAACCUGAAAUGGCUCUUCCACUAGUGACUGUUCCCAUUUCAGAGUUCAAUAAAGAAAAUGGCGUGAUGUGGUCGUCUUCUCCUGACCGCCUGGAGCUGCCCCAGAAACCUUUCCACCAAUCUAACAGCUCCGACUCCCCUUGCGUCUCAGAAUCUGGUUCCGACAUUUUCUGCAAGCGGGAGGUCAUACAAAAGCUGAGACAGCAGCUAAAGAGAAGAGAUGACAUGAUACUAGAAAUGCAAGAUCAAAUUGCAGAAGUGCAAACCUCUGUUGCCGCACAGGUUUCACAUUCUUCGCACUUGCAAUCUUGUCUGGAUGCUGCAAACAGGGAUUUGUUUGAAUCAGAUCAGGAGGUACAGAGGCUACGCAAGGCAAUAGCAGAUCGCUGUGUCGGACAUGUCCACUCAGGUGAGAAACUCCCUACAGUCCCCAUUUGGCCAGCUGAGAACAACGGGCAUGUGAAUGGUUACCCAGAAGUCGAAAACAACAUGGAGUCUCCAGAGAAAGGGAGAAAUGGGGAAAGGAUUGAAAUGUUGAGGAGGGAAGUGAGUGAGCUGAAAGAAUUGAAUAAAGGAAAAGACUACUUGCUGCAAAGCUAUAAGGAGCAGAACUCGGAGCUUUCGAUCAAGAUCAAGGAGUUGCAGCACAGAUUGGACUCUCAACUUCCAAAUAUUUUGUAGGUGAAUUUAGCUUUCUUGUGCAUUCUGAAUGUGGCUUCCUGUUCUCUUUUCAUCUAUCCAAUUUGAAGCUCUCAAUUUUGCAAACAUUACAUUUUCUUGUUACCCUCUCAUUCUUCUUCCUUGUGCAUAUCUGGAAGGGAGAGUGAGAUGUUCAUAAGUUUAGAGUUCAACGCUGAGUGCCACGAUUUUGAGUUUUUUUUUGGAACACAACGAACUUACAAAUGCUAUUUGCUCUUUGCAGCACCUUCAGUGUGAGUGCUGUUACCGUCUAA